UGGUUAGGUGGUAUUUGUCUUUAAGAAAGUAAAGUUGGAACUUUUAAUUAUGCAUAUUUUGCUUGAAAAUCAUUGUAGAUUUCUUCACAGCCCAUAACCCUUGUUCUAUCUCCAUUUCUCUCUCUUCCUAAAGUUUCUUCACCUUGAAAAUUUGCAUAUAAUAGAGAGCCCAUUUGGAUGUUGCUUAUUAUUUGCUUCUUGUUUUUGGUUAGUUGGUUUAUUGUUGCUUAAUUAUAUGAUGAUUCAUACCUGUCUGAUUUUCACCAAUGGCAGCUGCACUACCAAGAGAUUAUGAUGGAGAUUGUAUUCAGUUGAAAUUGUCUUACAGCCCAUUUGCUCCAUUCUUGCUGUUUUUGAUAGAAUGGAUGGAUUAUAGUUGUACAGAUACUCUCCCAAGUUAUUUGGGCCUUCUUCACAUACUUGUAUACAAGGUAUAUCUUGAUGGAAUGCCAACAAUAUCCUCACAAGACCGGAAAGCCACUCUGAGGGAAUUUUACGCUGUUUUAUAUCCUUCACUUGAGCAACUCAAAGGCUAUGUCACGGAAUUGGUGGAAGACAACAACAAUAGAAUUCACUCCUCUGAAAUUCUGAGUAGAAAGGGGAUGGAAGAGAUGACAAAUUUUUCUGGUAAAGAUCUUGAAAGGGACGAUGAAUGCGGGAUAUGCAUGGAAACUUGCACCAAGAUGGUAUUACCUGAUUGCGGACACUCCAUGUGCAACAGCUGCUUCCAUGACUGGAACAUGCGAUCCCAAUCAUGCCCCUUUUGUCGAGGCAGCCUAAAGAGAGUCAGUUCCACGGAUUUAUGGGUGCUCACUAGUAACAAUGAUGUGAUUGACAUUAUUACUCUAGCGAAGGAGAAUCUUAGGCGGUUCUACAGUUAUAUUGAGAACUUGCCGCUCAUGGUGCCUGAUACCCAUUUGUUUCUAUACGAUUACUUGAUCUGAUUAAUUAAAGUACUCGGCUAUGAAACAUGCUGACCACUGCCCAUUGUAUAUAGAGUCUGGUAUAGAAAAUGUUUGAUUGUCAUUUGCCACACGAGCUGUUUCUAGAUGUAUAUAUGAUUAGCCGACUGUGAAGGGCCUUGGAUCGAGUAAUUGAUUCUGAAGAUUUAUGAGGUCCUUCAACGAGCAGCGUUGGUGAAUGUAAAGAUUGAGAAUGUUCCGAUUAUGUAGUCAUGGUAAAAGAUGUAAAAAGAAGCCAACUAAGUUGUUUUGGAAUCUGAGUGCUGGAAUGGAAUGGAAUGGAAAUCGCGAAUUAUUGGAAUCGCUUGGUAUGUAGGUUUCUUCUUAUUGUUAUUAUUAUGAUUAUGUGUAUGUCGGAUCAUGAAUCGAAUUUAUUUGUUACGUAGAACUUGUUAUUCUUGUGUA